AAAAGCACAUUAGCUUUUUUUCAGGGGUGUUUUAUAUUACUGGUUUAGCACAAAAAACGGCUGACCUGCCAAGAAUUUAAAACAAAUCAGAAGUGUAGUGGCGGUCUGAAAAUGUAUUUAAUUGGUUUGCAAGAGGCUGGAGACUUUAAAAAAAAAAUUGAGUAUUUUUUCAAUAUCAACAUGGAGGUAGUCAGUAACUUUUUAUUGCAGUUUAUGGCCCUUUUCGAAACCACGGCUUCGAUUUGGAUUCCGAAGCCCCGAGUGCGUACAUUCUCAAAACAACCACGGGGCUAUAAAGCUAGCCUGAGUCGAAUCCAAGGCUGAAGCCGUGGUUUCGAAAAGUGCGCGGCUCUGCAGCUGCUGUGUUCAGAGCCGUAUGUUGUGUUGAUAACGCCCUCUAUUGACAAAUCAACUUCUGACAGCUGCAAAACAAUAAAUUAAAAAACAAGAUGGCAGCCAACGGGGGUGUGGGGCUAAACAACCGAGCGGAGAGUACGUUUCGUCGGAUGAUCUCCGAUAUAAUAAUGGAGAGGGGGAAGGUGAACUGUGCAGAGACAGUCGAAGGUACAAUAGGAGAUUUACAAACGAUGACGAGAGAUGGGUUUGUGCACAUUCCAAUGGAGGUGAACUGCUUCUGGACUCAAGUCUUCGCUCAACAUUUUCUCACAGCGUCUGAUGAACACAGAGACGACAUGCUGUUUUUUGUUUAUCGUCACAGUGCAUCAAAUAGAGCAGAACGACAGACAAGAAUGGAGGUCUAUCGCAAAGACUCCAAGAACCUACCGAGUUUAGGAGAACCAAAUAUAGACUGGGAGGAAUCGGUCUACCUCAAUCUUAUACUACAACAGUAUGACUACAUUUUAACGUGUGCUGUGUGUACCAAGACAGCGGAUAGUCUGUCCGUCCUGAAGAAGCAUUCUCAACAGGUCUACGCUUCACCAUCCAAGAGGAGGAUGGACACCAAGGGGGAGGAGACCGCCGUCUCGUACCCCAACAUCUUCUUCAUGAUCGACAACUUUGACGAGGUGUUUGGUGAUGUAAUGGUUGAAGAAGGACAGCUUAUAUGCGUAGAGGUCGUCGCAGCAGAGAAACAAGGUCACUAUCGUAGCGUUAUAUUUCUAGGCUCGGUGAGGUACGAAUCGCUAAGGAGGGUGUAUGAAGCCAGGGCGAGUGUAACUUCCAGAGUAGCUGCUUCCAUGGGGCUUUACGGUCGUGGAAAGAGCCGUGUAGAGUUUAUCCGAAUGAAGGGGCCAGAGGGCAAAGGUUACGCCGAGGUCGCCGUCAGUAGACACCACCGGGUCGGUUCUAUAGACUACAGCAGUAGUGAAGAUAUGACUAGCGGGAUUGAGAGUAAUGCAGAGUCACCAACAGAAGAGUGUAAACCAAUUAUUAGGCAACCGAAAGAUGCAGCUGCAAAUAACAACCACAUCAAGCCGGCACUAAGGAAGUCUCGUUCAGACAGUGAAACGUUAGGUCAGCUUGACGAAGACAGAAGAACGAGAGACGAGGAGAGAGCUAUGUCAGAGGAUGAGCAAGGUAUUACCGAAGGUUGGAGAAAUCGAUGGUUGAGACGGACGUCGAGUGCUCUCCGUCGCUUCAAGAGAACCCAAGCUGCAAGUGUCAGACAGCUGACUCUUAAUGUUCACUUAACGUACGUGACGCUACCGUGGCAUCGUAUUAUAGGAGAUGUCCUUGAAACUCAGAAGCAGCCCGUCCUAAGCUAGUACAGAGUUCAACUCUCGUCUAGUUUCUUGCCAACUCAGGAUAUCAUUCUCCUCCCGGCGUGACAUCAACCCUUAUCGACCUCCUCCAGCGGGCACUGAGGCCCCGCCCCCUCCUAUAAGAAGGUUGUUUUUAUUUUUCUACUCCUUCGACUAUUUGCAGGUGUUGUUUAAGAGUAGACUCCCUGAGUGGUGUUCCUCAUAGUCCAAGAAGUAGCGCUCAAAUUUGAGAGAAAAAAAACCUCCAAGACCACCUGUAGCUCAAUAUUAAGGGGUCUGGGUACGUUUUGUAUGACACAAAACACAGUGUCCACAGGUUUACAUUAAAGGGACACGUUGACUCGAGUUAGUCUAUGAAAAGCGAUUGUAACGUAGUAGAAAGCUUCCCUUGAAAUAUAACUUGCUGAGGUGCUGUAGUGUUUUAGAAAUGGGUUAAACAAUGUCAAAGAAAGAAUGUCUGUCUCCUGGAAACAUUGCUCCGCGAUUUUUUUUCUCAAAAACUUGACAACUAUUGAAGCUGAAACUUCUACAGGUCAAUUAAUUACAAACGUGUACAUCCUCAUUCUCAGUGAGAGAAGGGAUUCAUGUCAUGGCCAAAAAGCUUAUUUUAAAAAAGGUGUCAAAAACCCUUUAACCCGACCAGAGUACUGGUUACACGAACAGAGCACUGCUUACCACUUAAACAAUUAAACUGUUUGAGUGUAAAAAAAAAAAGCACUAAAGGGGGUCAUUCAUAAACACUACCGAAGUUGGUUUAACUCAUGGUUCAACCCAAUUGAGUUCAACUCUGUGUGAACGUUACUAAAGUUAGUCUGAAUCGGGUUCAACCCAUAAAAGUUAGACCGUCCAGCGAGGGGGUUUAUCUUUAGACCGCUUCGGGUUUAUCUUUUAACACUGUGUGUGGACAGAAUUUAA